AGCAGCAUGAGCUGUAUGAUUUAGUUUAACAACAGUCCUUACAUUAAAGGGUUUGACAAAUGGUUCUGUAUAUUUCUUCAUCUUCCCUCCACUUGUCCCUCCCUCUGACGUCUUCCAGAUAGGGAUUGGUGAGAGAAAGAGAGGACAGCAGCAUUUAAAAAGCACCCUGUCUCUUGCUUGGUCGCUUUACUGUUGCCAUCCACUUUCCUAUCAAUGUCAGUGUUUCCAAACUGGCUGAUCAACUCUCUCACACACAAUAAGCUGCUGCCUCCCAAGCAGAAGGAAGUGCUCUGGUUGGAGGGACUUAAACCAUUGUUCAACCUGCUUUCGCUUCCUAAAAUGAGGAUUUCCCCAGGCAAGGUCAUGUGGCUCUCUUACUUUUUAAAAAAAGCAGGAAGAGCAACCGUGAAGAGGCGUAGUUCUGGGCACACAAAGGUAUGGUAAUCUGAAACUGAGAGGCUGAAUAGAGAGGACGAAAAAGAGGAGAAGAUAAGCUGUCUGUUCAGAGAGGCAUUAGAAAUCUCUCUAACUUCAGGAUAAGGAGUCCAGCUUUUGUGAUAGAGAUCAAAAAGAUCUCUUGAUGGUUCCCGGAGAUGGUUUCUGUCCUUUGCAAAAAUAGCAGCUACUAUAAGGAGCACGAUGGAACCGAGGACCUGGAUUGAGCCUGUUGUUGCUGCGGCUCAGCUUGCCAGCGCUUUCUUUGACACGGGGCUACUGCUGGUGGUGAAGAACUACUAUAACCAGACCAACUCCUCUUCCUUGGCCUCUUCGGACCAUGACACUGAGGCAGCACAACAGAAAGCCAUCUCCAACUUUUACAUCAUCUACAAGCUGGUGGAUGGUUUGACUCCACUCUUGUCAGCUUAUGGUCUAGCCAAACUGGGUGAUCUGAAGAACAGGAAGAUUUCCAUCUGUGUGCCUCUGGCUGGCUAUUUGCUGUCUCGGAUCCUUCUGCUCCUCUUGAUCCUCUUGGAGUGGCCCAUUGAGGUGAUGUAUGGAGCUGCCGUCUUGCAUGGUCUGACCGGAGGCUACACCACUUACUGGGCAAGCGUCAUGGCCCUGGGAUCCCAGAACUCCUCUGAGAGCAGGAGAUCAUUGCGCCUCAUUGUUAUCGAGCUCAUCUAUGGCAUCGCUGGUUUUGUAGGGAGUGUUGCAUCUGGGCAUCUUUUUCUCAGCUUCCACCUUACUUACCAGCAUGGCACAGUCUUGGUGUCUUCCAGUGUUGCCUUAUAUGCUUUCUGCCUCAUCUACAGUCUCUUUGUCCUCAGAGUGCCCAAACCUAGAAGUUCACCCCUAGCUGCUCCUUCCUCGAACAUGGACCAUUCUGAGAGCAAGUUGGCCGAUGAAGAAGAUUCCAUCUUCCAUGAGCCUUUCAUGAUGGUCCCUUCCAAGCUCAUCAUUGUCAUGCUUUUCAUGGGAGCCAUCAUGUAUGACGUAGCUGUUGCAGGAGCUAUGGACGUUCUGCCCCUCUUUCUGCUCAAGGAACCCUUGAGCUGGGGACCAGAAUAUAUUGGCUAUGCUAAUGCUGCUGGCUACUUGAUCUUUAUCACCAGUUUCCUGGGAGUCUUAGUUUUCUCCAAGUUUUUAAAAGACACAACCAUGAUCGUGAUGGGUAUUGUGUCCUUCUCAGCAGGCAUCCUUAUCAUGGCCUUUGUACGACAGACAUAUCUGUUUUAUAUUGCUCGUGCAGUGAUGCUGUUUGCUCUCAUACCCUUGACAACCAUCAGAUCUUUGUUAUCAAAACAGGUCAAAGGAUCGUCUUAUGGAAAGGUGUUUGUUCUCCUGCAGCUCUCACUGGUGAUCACAGGUGCUGUGACUUUAACAGCCUAUAAUAAAAUCUACCAAAAUACACUAGGCUGGUUCAGUGGAUUCUGCUUCCUAUUAUCAUGUGGUGUCGGCUGCCUAAGCCUUAUUCCUAUCAGUAUUGUAGCCUGCAAACAAUGUCGAUCCUCUGGUUCGCUGGAGAUUUUAACCGACUGAGAGCUGCAAGGGGCUGUCCCUUCUUCAGACACAAAUAUACGUGACGUGGAGUCACUCACUACCCAUAUCAAGCUGUCUGGUGCCCUUGGCUUCACAAAAGAAAAUGGGGGAAUCUUGUCCUGUGAUGCAGAUUUUAGAAACUGACCAUGGUAUGAUCUCAUGCGCUUGGGAUGACACAGGAAAGGAACAGGGAAGUAGGCAAAGAGAUCAGCAUUUACAGAUGGGAGUUGGCCUUGCUUCUGCUUUUUCUUUGGCCCAGAGUUGUUUCUAGAAUCAUUUUGCCCAGAUCUGGUUCCAGCGUCUAGAGAAAUUCUUGCUAAAAGCAGCUCAUUGCCCAGAAGCUUUGGAAAACAGCUCAGUUGAGUUGCUAGGUAUAUAAAAAAAGUAACGUGUCACGUUACUAUGUGGAAGUACACUACUUUUAGGUACAGUGCAACCCCCAUAUUUAAGGGGAAUAUGUUCCUGGACAUAAAACAUAAGAUAAUCGCCAACUCUCUUGAAAUAAACAACUUCUGAUGGAAGCACAUUUUGGAAUAAUAUUGGAGAAACUAGAAAAUGCCAGAAGAAAACUGGGAGGAGGGGUUAAAUAAAAUGGUUGGUACCAGUCUCAUAGAUACAAGGUUGUAUUGUUUUUGGACAAACUAAGGCACUGAAUGAUCACUUUGUUUUGAAGAAGACUUGCUGCUACUGGAGGUUUCCAAUUCUCAUUUUUCAGCCAGAAGAAACUGCUGCGAUGGGUGAAUUUUGAGAUGAUCUGGGGAAGCUAAAAUGGAGUGGGUACACACAGUCAAUUGGUGUGAAAUUCCCAUCCCAGGUGCUACUAUCAAAAGAUGCUGGGCCAUUUAUUCUAUUUUCCCCUUUCUCAAUGGAUUUUCGCAGAAGAGAGGAAAUGGACAAAACACUGAGGAAACAGAUGUUGACAGGUCAUUUGUCGUUUUGGUGAGGUACUAGGACUUUCUGCCAGAGAAGACUAAAUAGUUGUGAAAUUACACCUCCCAGAAUUUGAUAGUUUUGAGUCAUGGAGGUUAAAGUGAUGUCAAACUGCAUGAAUUCUACAGUGUAGAUGCAUCUGUGAUAAAAGAUGUCAUUUGAAUCCUCUGUAAUAGUCCAUGGAUGAACCUAGGUUGUCUCACGAUAAAUACUUCCUCUGGUGGCAUCCAAACUUCCAAAUAGAGGAGCCACUUUAGGUCUGAUGCUAUGUUCUGCUGCUUAGAAGCAGAGAUACUUCUCACAGCUAGUCAAUACAUGGCAGCUAGAACGUCUACGAGGAAAUUUGCACCAGAAGAUAUUUUUCUAAUCUUUGGUAACACACAUUCUCAGUCAGUGAUGCACACUCAGUGAACAAUUUUGUCCUAUUUGUAUGCCAUUUUCAAGAGCCUCCAAUUUACAAAAGAUGCUCUAUAACUCUACUGUGCAUGGAUGCAAUGGUAGGAGAGAUUUAUUCAGAGUGUUGGGUCACUGUAAGAAUCCAGAAGCAUUCUCUCCUGACAUUUCUCCCACAUCUAUGGCAGGCAUCCUCAGAGGUUGUAAGGUAUAUUGGAAACGAAGCAAAGGAGGUUUAUCUAUCUGUGGAAGGUCCAGGGUGAGAGAAAGAACUCUUGUCUGUUGGAGGCCAGUGUGAAUGUUGCAAUUAAUCACCUUGAUUAGCAUUAAUGGCCUUGCCAACUUCAAGACCUGGCUUCUUCAGAGUGGUUGACAGAUCCACUGUCCCAAAUCCGGGAAUGUGCUCUCAGUGUUACCACCACCUUUACAUUUGCUUAUAGUUAUGUAAGAGUUCAAGACAAGGUAUGUCUGGAGUAGCUGUGGGAGAAGGAGCCAUUAAAUCAAGUGGAGAUUUCACCUGAACAUCAGGAAGAACUUCCUCACUUUGAGAGCUGUUCAGCAGUGGAACUCUCUCCCGGACUGUGGUGAAGGCUCCUUCUUUGGAGGGUUUUAAGCAGAGGCUGGAUGGCCAUCUGUCGGGGAUGCUUUGAAUGCAAUUUCCUGCUUCUUGUCAGGGGGUUGGACUGGAUGGCUUCCCUACUCUUACUAUCACAGAUGUGUCUUCAGGAACCCUUAGCUACUUUCUCUGCAGGGAUUCCAAUCCAAUUCCUUACAUGCAGGUUGUUUGCCAUUCACUUCAUUGGCCCUGCCUGCUGGUAGAACUAAAAAGCAAUUUGAGUUCUGUUAAGUGAGAGAGUGGCGCAAACAAGAUAUCCUUCACUUUAUGAUCCAACAAGGCUUCAGCAGAAGCAAUAGCCAUGAGAACUGGAAUCUCUGCUCAUACAGUCUGAAAAGUAUUUAAAGAAUACACUAAAUCUUCCAUCAUCGGGGGCUAACCCACCAUUCGUGCAGGGCGGUGGGGGAAAGAUCUCCAGCCCGUGCAGGAAUUGGAAUCUGGCUCCUCGAGGUACUGUAUCUCUUUUGGUCUUUUUCCUGAGGUUUCCCCAGACUAUAAAAGAUGGGAGGAGAACCCAGUUCUUAUCUCUGAUCGCUGAUAGGAGGUAAGAAAGGGAUAUUUUUCUUGCAUGCAACUAUUCCAGUCAGAAGGAAGAAUAUUUCACAAAGCCUAGCUCUCUGCUAGGAUUUUCAAGUGCCUGUUAAGAAUGCUUCUCUCCCCUCUCUUCCCCAUGCAGAGGAAGGGAGGAUUGGAAAGGAUUGCGGAUAUCUUAGCAGGGAAUUUGGCCCAUAGAGAGUUUUGCAGAGGGAAGACCCAAUUGCUUUCUGCACCUUCUAAAGAGGGAUAUAGUCAUUGUAUACCUAAGACUUCCUAGCAUGUAUUUUAUGAGAGUAUCAUAUCAUCACCACUACCUGUUUCUGUGCCUGGUAUGUAAACACACCCAUUCAUUGUAUGGUUGAUAUUAGCUGUGUACUGCAAUAGCCAAGGCAAUAGCAAAAUCCUAAGCUAUCCUACAUCAUAUAGCCUUAGCAUGCAUGUUGAGAUGGGUAACUUCCCAGAGUCUGGACCCAUUUGUUUCUCCCUCUGGCCCUGGUGUGGUUUGCCAUCACGCCAAAAGUAGAAAUGGUCAGAAAUGAAUUUCUGUGUGUUAUUUGAAAGUUUCUUUAAAAGGGCGUUCUUAAUAACCAAAAGACCACCUACUUGUUUUUAAAAGCAUUCCUCCCAAAACACAACCGUCCAUGCUUUAAUGGAUUUUUAAAAAGUCAUGGUGACCCCAUGCAAGCUAUAAUUAAGGCUGGUCCAGGUUAUUGUUGUUGCUGUGUGCCUUCAAGUCAUUGCCAAGUCAUGGCAACCCCAAGGCAAACCUAUAAGGGAAUAUCAGCAGAGUUAUCCCUCCGCAUUUCGCAGGUUUGAUUAUUUACACGUUUGUACCUGUUGCUUAAUUAGCCUGACAUCUCACAUCUUCUGUCUGUCAGUCCAUUAAUGUCAUCCCAUCACUCCAUUUACCACUUUCCAAUGAUGGAGAUUCAGCCAAAGUUUAAAACCCUUCAUGUUGAUCCAGCACCUCAACUCGUGAUUUUUAAUCAGUUUUAAGAAUUCAUAUUUUAAUUAAUACCAUUGAUGUUUAAUUCUAUUUUAAUGUUUGUAUAUAUUUUGUAUAUUUUUAUGUUUGUAUAUUUGUAUAUCACUCAUUCUGCUGCCAGAUAAUAAACUCCUUUCCCGCUGA